AUCCGUGUAAAGUAAAUCACCUCUUCAGAUCUACCUCUUGGAAGUUGGAAGCCAUUUCUCAUACGUGGUAUAAAGAUAAUUCAUCCCUCCUGAUCCUGAAGCAAUGCUUGUUUGUAUAACUUAAACCUCCAUAUCUAAGAAGCAAGCUAUAUCCUUUCAAAAAAGAAAAGCAAGCAAGCUAUAUCAAUGGCCAAUUCAUCGCCGGCAGUUCUCCCAAUCUCUAAUUCUCACCCCACCACCGCCGUGGCUUCUUCCGACGCCGCCGCUGUUGGGCCCACACCGGCUUUCCGUGCCUUCAUAAACCACAUCACCGACACCGUGCGCAACGGGCUCGCAAACCGCCGCCCUUGGCCCGAGCUUGUGGACCGCUCCGCCUUCGCUAAGCCGGAGUCCUUCUCUGACGCCACCGUCCGCGUCCGCAAAAACUAUGCCUACUUCAAGAUCAACUACCUGACCCUCCUUGCCGCUGUACUUGGGUUCUCUCUUGUAACCAACCCGUUCUCCCUUAUCCUUCUCUCUGCACUUCUCGCAGCCUGGCUAUUCCUUUACCUCUUCCGCCCCUCCGAUCCCCCUCUCGUCCUUUUCGGUCGACAAUUCUCCGAACGCGAAACCCUAGGUGCGCUCCUUGUCUCCACCGUCUUCGUCAUUUUCCUCACAAGCGUCGGAUCUGUUUUGGUCUCCGCGUUGAUGAUUGGCGCCGCUAUUGUCUGCACCCACGCCGCUUUCAGGGUCCCUGAAGAUCUGUUCCUUGAUGAGCAAGAUGCGCCUACAACUGGAUUUCUGUCUUUCUUGACUGGUGGUGCGGCGAAUGUAGCAGCCUCCGUUGCUUCUCCUGCUGUUGCGUCCAGGGUUUGAUCAUAUAAUCUGAGAUCUGUAAAGCUCAAAGGCAGGCAUCUAUGGUAAAAAAAUCUGAAGCUGUUUUUUUCGUAAAUUCAUGGACUUUUUAUAUACACAUAUAUGUUUAGUACUUAAGAAAAAUGACAAAAACAUCAAAUUACAAAAACUUUCUAUAUCUUUUCUUAGAGAACACUUGUAAUGUUACUAUGAUGGAUCUAUAAAUUUGUUAAUUUUUGUGUUCGCCAAGUGAGGUAGAUCUUUGUGAUGGGUUAUUAUUUCAUUUUUGUAUGUUCAGUUUUUGUUUUAUUGCAGAAUUCAUCUUUAAAUUGUGAAUUCCUCUCAAU